AGUAAGAGGGAAAAUGGAUUGGCUCGUUACAUGUGAGGAAGGGAGAAUAAGUGAAGGGGCCCAAAACCCAAGGGGUAGGGUAGACAGUAAGCAAUAAACUUGGUACAAGCAUACUUGGUGCUUAGUGAUCUUUUAUAUUUUUAAUGAAAAUUUAAUGAUUCUCAUUUAAGUUCAUGUCAAGCUUAAAUACCCGUGGUUAAAAAAUAAUAAUAAUAAAUAAAAUGAUGGGGCCAACUGGGGAGGGACUUAAAAAGUGGCUUGAUUCUUGGGUCGAUCGACUCGAUCCACUAGUGCUAUCUAGUGAAGAGUAGUAGAGAUCAAUAAUGGAAGGGGACUUCGCAGCUGGAAGGAAGACUUUACGUAUGAGAGAGAUUGAGAGGUGGUGAAUGGUGAAAUUUCCGAGAAAAGGAGGGAAAGGAAAAGAAACAAGUGUGGGGGAGUGAAUCAAGAAGCUUACUUACAAGAUUGUUGCCCGCCUAAUAAAUUAGGGUCUGCAAUCGAAGAGUGAAGAUUGAUUACUUUGAAAAAGAUUUUGCAAUGAAAAGAAAAUUCUCAUCUUUCGGAGAAGACUUCUCCAUGGCAGCUCGAUCAUCAUCUGCGUCGUCCUCCUCCUCCUCAUCUGGUCGGAGUUAUGAGGUAUUCCUCAACUUCAGGGGUAUAGAUACUCGCAAUACCUUUACCAGCCACCUCUACAAUGCUUUGGAUGCUGCCGGAAUUCAUACUUUCAUGGACGACGUUCAACUCCGCACCGGGGAGGAGAUCGGCCCAGAGUUACUCUCUGCCAUCCAGCGGUCGAGAAUCUCUGUCCCCAUCUUCUCCAAGAACUACGCUUCGAGCAAAUGGUGCCUCAAGGAGCUCGUCGAGAUUGUUGAGUGCAAGAAAACCUUGAAUCAAGAUGUCCUGCCCAUCUUCUACCAUGUUGAUCCCGCCGACGUCCGUCACCACACUGGGACCUAUGCGGAGGGUCUUCAGGAACACGACAAGAAUGUCGAUCAGAGGAUCAUUGACGAGUGGAAAAAGGCUCUCACAGAGGUUGGGGGAUUGAAGGGAUGGGAUUUGAAGAACAUCGAUGGAGGGUAAGUUCAAUCACUUCCUAUGCCGUGCACAAUAACUUGUGAAACACUCAUUGUCUGAAGAAGUAGGUAUAUAAUCUAGCAUCAACUACUUCCCAUGUCUUCUUUAAACUGCACCAAUAGUUUUCUAUUAUCUUUCAACCCUCAGCCUGCAGUUGUUGAUCAUCCUCGAAAUUAACCCUUCGAUCCCUUACAAGAUAGCAACCUAAAAGUUGAGUACUAUUAGGGAUGGAGUUCCUGAAUGCCCUUAAUAGUUGCCAUGUGGUAGAUUGGUUGGUUCACAAAUCUGGAAAUGUUUUUCAUAUCAUCAUUUUGCAAGUUUAUACUAAGAAUACAUUCCUGCAAACCCUUAAUAUUUCGUUGGGUCCUGAAUUUCUUGGGCAAAUUGUCCACAUCAUCAUCUAUACAUCUUUAAAAAUUUAGAUUCAAAUUUUAGUCCGUCUCAUAUUUUUAUAUGUGUCAUUACAAUAGUUUAGAUGAAAUAAGAAAAGUUUUUGAAGUGAAAAUGUAUUCAUAAAUCCAUGAAUUUAACAAAAAGGGGAGUGUGCAGGAAAGGAUUCCUAAUAUAGAAGUAGAAGUUUGUGAAACAUUUUUCCUAUUAUUAUUAUAUAUUUGCUGUAACAAGAUGACACUUGGCAUUUUUUUUGGGGGGGGGUGGUGGGGGAUGUUUGAAACGUGAUGGCAAUUUAAUAGCCAUUCACUUGUAAGAAAUAACCUGGGUUAGGGCCAUAAAAUUUGAAUCUUUUUUUAUGGGUGCAUAAAAAUGUGAGAUCUUGUUUGUUCAUGGUCUUCACCCUCCUUUUUUAUUUUUUUAUAUUUUUUUAAUUUACCACACCAAGCCAAACUUUGACACCUUGCUAAUUUUCCAAGCAGAAUGCAUAAGGAAAAAAAAAUGUAAUAAAAGUUCUUUCAUCCACUUCAGUUCAAAUUAUUGUUUUAUGAUGUCAUCCAAGUUAAA